GGAAUUCGAUGUUAUUAGGGAAGAGAAAAGUUCUAGAAUUAUUCUCUGUAGUGUAAGUAAUGGCGUAGUGUGGAAAGCUCGUGAUCAAAUCUGUUGUGUUUACGAAAUAGUAACUCACCUUGAUAUUUAUCUGUUUAAUAACAAUAAAACAAAAGUGCGGGAAACUAAUAUUUAAUCAAGCAGGGAAACUUUGUUUAUAGUAGUUAUAAAAACAAUAAUUCAGAUCCAGAUAUGGACGAUGUUUUCCAGUGGUGUAAGGAGGGAAAUGGCUUUCAGGUCCGUGUUUGGUUGGACGACCCCGAACACGACAUGAACCAAGGUGAUGACCAUGGCUUCAGUCCACUACACUGGGCGUCCAAAAACGGCAAAGUUAACAUAGUGGAGAUGCUGAUAGCCCGUGGGGUGAGAAUUAACGCCACUAAUAUGGGAGACGACACUUCAUUACAUCUCGCCGCAGCUCACGGUCAUAGGGAUGUUGUACAUAUGCUUCUUCGAAGUAAAGCUGAUAUCAACGCCGUAAAUGAGCAUGGAAACACAGCUCUUCAUUAUGCCUGCUUCUGGGGCUACGCAGCCAUCGCCGAGGAUCUAAUAAAAAACGGUGCCCUCGUGUCUGUCUGUAACAAAUACGGCGAAGUUCCCCUUGAGAAGUGUAAAGGACAGCUCGCUGAAAAACUCCACAAGCUAGCAGAACAGAUGGGCCAAGAUUUUAAGAAAAUCGGUUUUAAGGAACAGAGUUGGCUAGGAACAAAAACCAGAAGUCGUAAGAGCUAUCAUUUUGUUUUUCAUUCUAAAGUAAAGUUAGACUUAACAAGACUAGGUGGAUACGUUAAGGAAUAUUUUAACCUAGGACUAGGUGGAUACGUUAAGGAAUAUUUCAACCUAGGACUAGGUCGAUACGUUAAGGAAUAUUUCAACCUAGGACUAGGUCGAUACGUUAAGGAAUAUUUCAACCUAAGACUAGGUCGAUACGUUAAGGAAUCUUUUAACCUAGGACUAGGUGGAUACGUUAAGGAAUAUUUCUACCCAGGACUAGGUGGAUUCGUUAAGGAAUCUUUUAACCUAGGACUAGUUGGAUACGUUAAGGAAUAUUUUAACCCAGGACUAGGUGGAUACGUUAAGGAAUAUUUUAACCCAGGACUAGGUGGAUACGUUAAGGAAUAUUUUUACCCAGGACUAGUUGGAUACGUUAAGGAAUAUUUUAACCUAGGACUAG